AUGAAUAACCUUCAAAUUAUGGAUUAGGGAAAUUUACUAUAUCAAUAAGAAUCGUGCUACCAAAUGUGCUACUUUAGCUUGCCAAUCUAAGAUAUUCUUAUUGAUGUCGUAUUCAAGUCUAAAACAUACUAAAUUGCUGAUAAAGUUUACUUCAACUAGAUAUGA